AUGUCUCGAACAAUUGGACUUUUUGCCGUCGCCGGCCUGUUGCGCACGGCCGCUGCCGGCCUUUACCCGGGACUGACCACCGCCAACCACACCUGCGCUCUCGUCGAACCCAUUCUGUCUUGCUCUUGCGGCGCAAACCCCGACAAGGUCGACACUUGCUGCGUCGAGACGUACGGAGGCUUGGUGCUCGCGACGCAGUUCUGGAACACCCACACCGGUCUCGAGGCCGAGGGCCAAAAGCUGCCCGCCGACGCGUGGGGCAUCCACGGCCUGUGGCCCGACUUCUGCAACGGCUCGUACACCCAGUACUGCGACCUCAGCCGUCAGUACGACCCGGCACCUUCCCCCAACACCACCACCGGUAAGGCGGAUGGCACUCCGGUCCCCGCCUGGACCGGCGUCUCCCUGGAUGAGUUCGUCAAGCCCUUUGAGAAGUUUGAUCUUCUCGAGUACAUGAAGAAAUUCUGGAUCGCCCAGUACACCCCCAACUGGGUCCUCUGGGCCCACGAAUUCUCCAAGCACGCAACCUGCUUCAGUACCUUUGACGUGGAAUGCUACGGCCCCAAGUACCAAGAACACGAAGAGGUCGUCGACUUCCUCGAGACCGCCGUCCACUACUACCAAGAAACCCCGACCUGGAAGUGGCUCGCCGCCAAGGAUAUCACCCCGUCCAACAGCACCGCCUACUCCCUGUCGGACCUCCAGGCCGCCCUCAAGGAGGGCCACGGCGCCGUCCCUUACCUGGGCUGCUACGGGCCCCGGUACAACGCCACCGAGGCCGGCAAGGGCUCUCUGGAUAACGGGUACACCCAGCUCACUGAGGCCUGGUACUACUUCCACGUCCACGGCAAGCCCCAGCGCGGGGACGCCGUGCCCGUCGCUGCUGAUGCUAAUGGCGGGCGCGUGACGAAUUGCGCGACUACGCCUGGUGCUAUCUGGUACUAUGAGCGCUCUGAGGGUUCGGUCCAGUAG